GCGUUGCGAUCAACAAGUAUGGCGUCCACUGACCAAAAUUCCAAUGCUGUCAUCCAAGGAUUGGCACGACAUUUGAACUGUUUAGGGGAAGAUAACAAAAUGGCAAGGCGUCGAGCCUUAGAAAGUAUAAGGAAAGAUACCGUUAACAGGAAACCCAUUCUAACCGCUGAAGAAACUAAGCCAAUACUGAAUGAAAUAUUAAAACCUCUCCUGAAGGAAUUUUCAGAUUCUGUAGAAAAAUGCAGAGAAUUAGCGUUAGAAAUAAUCAGUGAUUUUUUGCGUCGGGUAAAUGAUCCUGAAGAAUAUCUUCCCUAUGUAAUGCCAGUUAUGGUUCAAAGACUUGGACAGCAGGACAUUGUCGAACCUUCUGAAGAAAUAAGACUGCAGUUGGUCACAUUUAUGCACGAAAUUCUAGAACGUUCUGGAAAGGAACUGUCAGUUUAUUUAGAUGACCUUAUCAAGAUUUUACAAAAAACCCUCAUUGAUCCAUAUUCAGAAGUAAAGAAAGUCAGUUGUCAAUGUGUUACAACAGUCGCUAAAGCAAUUCCAGCCUACUUUUAUCAGCAGUCAGAAUCUCUCAUUAAACCACUUUUGAUGUCUAUAUCACAUCAACAUUCAAAAGUGAGGACAACAGUCAUCUAUACCAUAGGGGAUACAAUACAGUAUGGUCACAACAAGCAUCUUGAGACAGUGGUUUCACACUUAGCUCAACGCUUGUUCGAUCUGAACCCAGCAGUACGCAUGGCAGUGACUAAGGUCGUUGGCAACUGGAUGUUGGACUUAAUGGACAGAUACUCAUUCUGGAACAAGCUCAUCCCACUUCUUCUUACAAGUUUGUCUGAUGAACAACCAGAAAUAAGGGAGGUUGCUGAUUCCCUGUGGCACGAUGUUGGAUUAAAGUUUGCAAAUGAGAAUGAAGAGGAAUUGAAGGACAAGAUGGAUUUUCCCAAACAAGAGUACUCCCACUAUCCCCCUGGUGUGGAGCGACCCAAUCUUGGUUGCAGAACUUUGAUGUUUCGAAACAUGUCAAAGAUUCUGCCAGCAUUGAUGCGAGAUGUUCAGGACUGGGUGGUAGACACGCGGAAGAAAUCUUCCGCCCUACUGUACCAUAUCUUGCUGAACGGGGAGGAGUAUAUCACCCAACAUAUGGAGAUCAUCACAGCUGGCAUGUUCAAGGCUUGCGCUGAUGAUGAAAAGGAGGUCGUGAAAAAUAUGCAGAAGGCAGCAGAGCUGAUUGGCUACUUUGUGGAGGUGGAGAUAUGGAGCAAACUGAUCCUGAAGACAGUGCGGGCGAGCCAGUCUUACCCCAGCAUCAUGGUGCUCGGGGCGGUGAUACGGGGCACGCAGCAGGCACGCCUCCAGCCCCAUCUACCCAACAUACUGGAUACACUCUACAACCCAGAGGUCUGCCAGAGUAUUCAGGUUGCAGUUCAACAGCAGCUAUUGUUGUGUGUUGAGGGGGUUAUGUCAGUGUUGGGUACAGGUGUACAGGAAUGUGGUCAGACUGUUUUUAACCUGCUCCACACUGUCCUCGCUCUUCAGCAGGGUGACCUCAUACGAGACAAGGCUCACGAGCUGAUAGGCUGUCUGGCUGACCAUGAGGGCCUCACAGACCGAAGGGAGCUGUACCGGGUUCAUACCAAACCCCUGCUGGCCAGUUUCGAGGAUACUUAUCAAAUAUGGACAACGCACAGUGCUGAAAGACUGGUGUUUGAUGUUGUCAUUUUGGAAGCUGGUCCAGUUGUAGGUGAGCUGCUGGAUGAAGUGGUGCCCAUCCUAGCGGCCAACUUCCAUCCGGACAAGGAGCCCGAGGUCCGACUCAAGUGCUUUUCCCUACUCUCACACCUUGUCAUGAACAGCAGUGACACCAUCAACUCGGGAAACAGGUUUGGAGAGUUUGCUGAGAUUGUGCUGCGAGACAUGAUCCUGCCCAACUGUGUGUGGAAGGCUGGACGGGUGGCUGCUGCCAUCAGAACAACUGCUGUCUCAUGUGCCUGGGCCCUUCUUCAGAGUGGGGCUCUCUCUCUUGACAAGCUGGAACCGGUGUUGGACAACUUUGUCACACAGAUGUUGGCUUGUAUGGAUGACGAUAACAAGGGUACUCGUCUGGUUGCUUGUCGGGUGAUGACUCGCACAUUUGACCUGGCAGGGCCAAAGAUCAACCAAGACAGGCUACAUAACAUGUACGUGGAGCUGCUGAAGCGUCUGGAUGACAGCAGUGAUGAGAUACGGCUGAUGGUGGCACGCACCUUCCAGGCAUACCUGCACUGCUUUGAGCAGGCGUACGAUGUGCAGCUGUAUCGGGCACACCUGGAGGCCAUGUAUAAAGGCUUGCUUGUCCAUCUGGACGACCCUGAUGAGAAAAUACAGGAAGCGGUACUAGGUGUCUUAAAAAAGGCAGGAAGCCUGCUUCCGGCCCUAAUGCUACAGGAGGUUGAGGGCAGUCGGCAUAAACACCGCUCUGACAGAUACUGUGAGCAGCUCAUACAACACCUCAAGUCUCUCAAAACUGACCCCUAGCAACACAACGAGGAGCCUGCGAUUACUUCAGUGUGAUUUGUGUUCAAUUGCUUAUUAACUCUAUUUUAGUGUGUGAAAUUAUGAGUAUUUAUAAGAUUUUUACUGUAUUAAUACUAUAUCCCAUUAGAUGAUCAUGUGUCAGACUAAAGUUUUGCGGUAUAUUAUUGCUUCAUUCAAUUGAUGAUUUCUGUUUAUUGAUCACAUGAACAUUUCAUCAAUAUCUUUAUUAAUACACGGGUGUACAUUGAGUAUGAUCUUUGAACAUUCUAUUGCUAACCAUAUUGAAAAUGUGCGUAGAAAUGAAACAAAUCGGUAUGUAAGUUCAAGACUUAUCUACUGUGAGUCUGCUUGCCUAUAAUUUAUCAAAUGAUUUUUGUAUCAAGGUGAAGAAAAUAUCAAAGUGUGUGAUCAGAUAAUGGUACAUGCACAGUAGUGAUUGAUGUAUAAAUGUCUACAAGAAUGUUUGCAUUUUGAAUUCCUUACAUACAUGUUCAUACAUCGUUUUAAACACUGCCAAGCUUGAUACUUAUAAUUGCCUUAUAUGAAUAAAUUGAUAGAUCUGAA